AUGUUCAAUCCAUUUGAAAUUGUUAAUGGACAAUAUAAAGGAAAUUGUUCCAAAGAAUUUGUUACCUUAACACUUAAUUCUAUUCCUAAUACUAGAGAACAAUUAAACGAGUUAGGACUUCCAUUUGCAAUUUGUUGCCACCCAAUGAAUUGUACAUCUCAACCACCAAAGGUUUCUUUUCCAAAUGGUUCAAUUAAUAGAUGUGAAUAUUGUAGGGCAUUUAUCAACCCAUUUGUUGAAUGGCAAGUACCUGGAACAAGAUUUGUCUGUAAUUUAUGUGGGCAUGUUAAUUAUUUAAAUAAAUCACCAUAUCAACUAUACAAUAUUAAUCAAUAUCCUGAACUUAUAAAUGGAUGUGUUGAUUUCAUUGUACCAGAGGGAUUUAUGCCACGAAUAAUUGAUGGAAGUAAUAUUGUUUUAUUAAUUGAUUUAAAUUGCCCUGUAUUAGAGUAUGUUAUUAACUGUAUUGAAUCGCUUGAACAUAAUGCACGUGUAGCAGUAAUUGCAUAUGAUGACACAAUUCAUUUAUUUAAAGCAACUCCAACAAAUGUAUGUGAAAAUAUUAUCAUGCCAUCAAUGGAAGUAGAUAUUUGUGAAUCAACUUCUAUUUUUAUGGAAAAACAGAAAUUGAACCAAGUCCUUGAAUUAAUCAAAAAAAUUACUCCAAAUAAUAAAAAUUGUUUACUUGAAGCUCUUACUAUUGCUGGCUCAUUAUUAAAGAAAAUUGGAGGUAAAGCUAUUGUUAUUAAUAGUACUCCUGUCACUUCAGGUAAAGGUGUCUAUCAACCAAGAAAUCCAAUAGUUGAAAAGAGAUCAAAUGAUAUUUAUAAAAAGCUUGCCAUUGAAUUAAAUAAUGAUGGUAUCACUGUUGACCUUCAUCUAGUAGCAUCUUCUUAUGUUGACCUUUCUCAAUUCGUUGACAUUUCAUCAAAAACAGGAGGAAAUACUACAUAUAACACUCUAAAUACUCUCAAUGAUGGUACUUUCUUUACUUCACUUUAUCAAUCAUUCUGUGAUAUUACUGGAUUUGAUGGAAGUUUUAGACUCCGAUGUUCACCACAGAUGAGAGUAGUUAGUAGAUAUGGUCAUUUUAUAAUGAAAAUAUCUGAUAUCAUUUCAUCUCCUAUUUCAUCUUCUAAAACUGCAUUAACAAUUCGUUUAACUAUAGACACUCCAAUAGUAGCUCCAAAUAUAUUUAUUCAAUCAUCUUAUCUCUACACUGCACCAGAUAAUACUAGAUGUAUUAGGGUCUGUACUAUUGCUAUCCCAGUUGUUAGUCAAAUUCAUCAAUGUCUUCCAAAAGAUUUCAGUCCAGUUUGUGGCUUUAUGGGAAUGAUUCUUAUGGACCAAAGACCAGAGCUCAAAAUCAACGAUCUUCAAAACUCUCUUAUUAAUCAAAUGGCUAAAGUUUAUAAACUAUUUUCAACAACUUCUCAACAAGUCCAAUUAUACUCUUCUAUGGUACCACAAAAUCUUGUUCCAUUUACUCUUUAUUGUUGUUCAAUAUUAGUUAUGCUAAAUAUUCCUCCUUCUGAUUAUUCAAUUUAUCUCAGAGAAAAAAUAUUAGGAAUGAAAAUUAAUUCACUUCAACAAAUGUUUUUCCCUAUGUUAUAUGAUGCUCAUUCCCUUCAACAAAUACCCACUGACACUUCUAAUAUUGACAAUUUAAUUUUAGCUUAUAACGGAGAACAUUGGAUUCUUUCUAUUGGAAACAAGGUCGAAGACCAAGAUAUUCUUGCCCUUGUAGAACAACAACCAGUCU